GGCACUAACGAUCAUACCUACUAGUACUGCUUGCUGCUUGCUACGAGUGUUCACUCAGUGCAGCUCAUCCGGUCCAGAAACCCAAAAGGACUACUGUAAAUAUUCUCAUAGCUGAGCACUGGGCGUCGGCGCUACUAUGGGUACUGCUCUGUGCCUGGCACUGGCGGUGCUGCUACUGCUGCUCGCUAAUGAUCCGGUGUUGGUGGCCGCGGACGACGGCGUCGACGAGCAGCUGCUGGAGCGGUUCAAGGCGGCGGUACGGAACGGCGGGGAGCUGGGGGGAUGGACCCGUGGCGACGGCGCGUGCAGUUUCCCUGGUGCCGCGUGCGUCAGGGGAGGGAAGAGGCUCGUGUCGCUGUCCCUCUCAGGGGUCCCACUCGACGUCGAUUUCAGCGCCGUCGCCGGCACACUGCUGCAGCUGGGUGGUAUCGAGGUCCUCAGCCUGCGGGCCGCCAACGUGAGCGGCUCGCUCGCAAGCGGCGGGGGCGCCGCCGGGAGAUGGAGGUGCGGCCAAAAGCUGGUCGGGCUUGACCUGUCCGGCAACAGGGCGCUAAGAGGAUCCGUCGCUGACGCCCGCGUGCUCGCCGGCGCGUGCGACGGGCUGAGGGAGCUGAACCUUUCUGGUAACGCACUCGUUGCCGGUGGUGGCGGGAAGGGAGACGGCGGGGACAUUUUUGCCCGCCUGGAUGUCCUUGACCUGUCGGACAACAACAUCACCGGCCACGGCGAUCUCAGCUGGAUGGGGGGAGUCCGUCGGCUGAACCUCGCCUGGAACUCGAUCUCCGGGCCACUCCAGGUCCCGGCAUUCACCAACUGUUCCAGGAUGGAGUCACUUGAUCUAUCCGGUAAUUCAAUCUCCGGCGAGGUGCUGCCCGGGGUCUUGUCCGGCUGCACUGCUCUUGUUUCGCUCAACCUCUCCAGCAACCACUUGAAGGGCGCUUUUCCGCCGGACAUCACGCUGCUCGCGUCGCUCUCCUACCUCAACCUAUCGAACAACAACUUCUCUGGUGAGCUCCCUGGCGACGAACUCGCUGGGCUCCCACGGCUCUCGUGGCUCACUCUAUCACUCAACCACUUCCAUGGCUCCAUGCCUGACUCUCUAGGUCGGCUUGCCAAUCUGAGAAUGCUGGACUUAAGCUCGAACGAGCUCUCCGGCGCUAUACCAUCCUCACUCUGCCCGAAUACCGGCUCCAAGUCCAAGCUCGAGGUGCUCUACCUGCAGAACAACUACCUUACCGGCGGCAUCCCGGCGACAAUCUCCAACUGUGAAAGCCUCGAGUCUCUAGACCUCAGUCUCAACUACAUCAAUGGCUCCAUCCCCACAUCCGUCGGCAGCCUUGCUCGUCUCCGUGACCUCAUCCUGUGGGAGAACAAAUUGGAGGGUGAGAUUCCAGUGUCGCUCGGUGGUGCUCGCGGACUCGAGCACCUCAUCCUCGAGUACAACACGCUCACUGGCAGCGUCCCGUCCGAAUUGAUGAACUGCAAGAAUCUGAAAUGGAUGGCGCUCGGGAGCAACCGGCUCUCUGGGUCGGUGCCGGCUUGGCUGGGGCGGCUAGACAACCUUGCAAUCUUGAAGCUCAACAACAACUCCUUCUCAGGGCAGAUACCGCCGGAGCUAGGAGACUGCAAGAGUUUAAUUUGGCUCGAUCUGAACGACAACCAGCUAAGCGGAUCGAUACCACCGGAGCUGGCGAGGCAGUCCGGGAAGGUGGCUAUCGGCUUCACGAUAGUUCGGCCACAUAUAUACUUGCGCAACGGCGAGCAGAGCAGCAAAUGUCGCGGCGCGGGGAGCCUGCUUGAGAUCGGCGGCGUCCGUUUGGAGCAACUAAACCGGAUGGCUAGCAAGAAUAGGUGCAACUUCACACGGGUAUACAUCCUGGCUAGCGGAGAGCACACUUUGAAAAGCAAUGGCUCCAUGAUAUUCUUGGACCUGUCCUUUAACAAGCUUGACUCCGAGAUCCCCAAGGAACUUGGUAAGAUGAACUAUCUAGCUAUCAUGAAUCUUCGGCAAAAUCAACUUUCUGGUGCCAUCCCAGCAGAGCUUGCAGGUUCCAAGAAUUUAGGUAUGCUUGACCUGUCACACAACAAGUUGGAAGGCCCAAUCCCCAGUUCAUUUUCGUUGCUAUCAUUGUCGGAGAUUGAUCUAUCAUACAACAGGCUGAAUGGAUCAAUACCGGAGAUGGGAUCCCUUGCCACUUUCCAGGAGAGCCAAUAUGCAAACAACUCUGGCUUGUGCGGCUUCCCUCUGCCUCCAUGCCAACCAUUUUUGAAACCCCAAGUCGACAACGGCAAGACCAAAUCUUCCAAUGACCUGACAGCUCCAGCAAGCCAUCAGUUAGUCUCACACCUAGAGCUUGUUCGUGCCACUGGUAAUUUCAGUGAAGAUUACAUGUUGGGAUAUGGAAGCCACGGAAAGGUAUUCAAGGGACAACUGAGCGAUGGUUUGACGGUUGCAAUAAAGGUUCUUGACAUGCGGUCCAUGUGUGCCAUUAGAAGCUUCGAGGCCGAGUGCCGUGUGCUCCGCAUGGCGCGGCAUCGCAACCUGAUACGGAUAAUCACCACAUGUUCUAACAUGGAUUUCAGAGCGUUGGUGCUACAAUACAUGCCAAAUGGCAAUUUAGAGACAUUGCUUCACUGCUCACAACAGGGCGGAACACAAUUUGGGUUCCACGAGAGACUGUGUGUUAUGCUUGAGGUGUCAAUGGCAAUGGAAUAUCUACACCAUGGUUACCAUGAAAUCGUCUUGCACCGCGACUUGAAGCCAAGCAAUGUGUUAUUUGACGAGGACAUGAUGGCGCAUGUGGCAGAUUUUGGCAUUGCAAGACUAAUACAAGCUGAUGAUAACUCUGCGUUCUCCAUUAACAUGCAUGGCACUAUUGGGUACAUGUCACCAGAGUAUGGGUCAUACGGGAAAGCUUCACGAAAGAGCGAUGUGUUCAGCUACGGCAUCAUGCUCCUUGAAGUCUUUACUGGCAAGAGGCCAACGGAUGCUAUGUUUGUUGGAGAACUGAGCCUUAGACGAUGGGUUCAUCAAUUGUUUCAAGCAGAUCAACUUGUUCAUGUCGUGGAUAGACGGCUAUUGCAAUGCUUUGACAUGGACAUUAGCUUUCUUGCGCCAAUACUAGAGGUUGGUUUGCUUUGCUCCAGUGACUCACCUGGAGAUAGGAUAACUAUGAGCGAGGUAGUCUUAAGGAUGAAGAACGUCAAAACAGAGUACAUCAAAUAUAUAUCGUCUACAUUAGGAAGUGUGUCACAAUGAUUGGUCAACCUUGCUUCCUGGCUGCAUGAAGAACUGUUUCGGAGAAAGAAAAAGGACAAAGCAAUAUAUAUUAUUUGGAGAACUAGUUGGUGUUUUCUUUGUUCAACAUAA